AUGUAUUUGUUGUUACAGGUUGGGACAGGGUUCAGCUUCACUGAUAAUGACGCAGGUUAUGCUCAGAACCAGGAUGAUGUUGGCAGAGAUUUGUACAGCGCUUUAACGCAGUUCUUCCAGAUCUUUCCUGAUUAUCAGUCCAAUGACUUCUAUGUAGCUGGAGAGUCAUAUGGAGGGAAGCAUGUCCCUACCAUUUGUCACUACAUACAUAAAAACAACCCCAGUGCCGAGGUGAAAAUCAACUUGAAGGGGAUGGCUAUAGGGAAUGGAUUCUGCGAUCCAGAGCUGAUAGUGGGUGGUUAUGGGGAGUUCCUGUAUCAAACAGGAAUCAUAGAUGAGCUUCAGAAGCAUUACUUUGACAAGCAGACAGACCUUGUGGUUCAGUACAUCCAUCAGAAGAAUUGGAAGGACGCUGUAAGGGUUUUUCGAUGUUUGCUGUAUUGUGACGGGAAGCCAAACAGUACCUACUUCCAAAAAGCUACAGGAUGCACCAACGUCUUCAACUACAUGACAUGUCAGAAACCUGACCAUCUAAAAUAUGCCACCCAGUUUGUGACCCUGCCAGCGGUGCGGCAAGCCAUCCACGUAGGAAAACUACGGUUCCACAAUAUGUCAGAGGUGGAGAUGUACCUUGUGCAGGAUGUCAUGAAGAGCAUUAAACCGUGGCUGGGGGUGCUGAUGGAUAAUUAUAGGGUCUUGAUGUACAAUGGUCAGCUGGAUGUACUUGUGGCUGUUCCAUUGACUGAGAGGUUCCUUACUACUGUCAACUGGACCGGCGCUGCAGAGUACAAGAAAGCCCCUCGCUUCUACUGGAAGAUCCAGCCCAAUGACACGGAGGUGGCUGGUUAUGUUCGACAGGUUAAGGAGUUUUACCAGGUCGUUGUCAGGGGAGGGGGACACAUUCUCCCUUAUGACCAGCCAGAGAGGUCCUUCGAUAUGAUUGACAGAUUCUUGUCAAAGCGGGGCUGGAAAAAUCCAAUUUAAAGAACACAUUCAUCAGAUUAACUUGAUUGCAAGAGCCGAUUGUUAAAUCCACUUUAAUUGAGCAUAUUUUGUACUUAUUUGGAGCAAAUUUAAUUAAAGAAAGAAUCUUGUUUUGACGCUGACUGUGUUGCAAAUGAAUCACUGCAAGUUCUCUGAUCCUGAUCUGACCUCUGAACUGUUGCCUACUUGUUUCAAGUACUAAAAAGUAUAAUGCAGCAGUUCAGUCUGAUUAUCAGAUUAAAUUUGGUCUCAUUCAUGUUUUUUUCUGGGAUCUGUGUUAUGCUGCUUUUCAUCUUUAAGUCCAUGCUUCAAAAUCAAAGUCAAGGAUAUAGUGCUGUGAUAAAGUAUUUGACCCCC